AUGUGCAUGAUGAUCAUGAAGUGCUCCAUUCCGGAGGCAUUUCGUGGUUCUUUUGCUGAGAGCAAAACGGCUAAAUCGUUUCUUGAAGCCGUUGAGCAAUACUUUGCCAAAAAUGAAAAAGUAGAGGCGAACUUUCCAGUUUGUGUUGAGUUCAUCAAAGGGAAGCAAACAAACAUAAAGAAAUUAGGGGCUGAUAGUUCUAAAGAAGUCUUAGAAUGCAUUCGCACUGAUAUCUGUGUUGAAGUGGAACUUCAACUUGGAAAAACAAUUAAGGCCAUUAGAUCGAAUCGUGUAGGUGAAUACUAUGGCCGAUUUGAUGGAUCGGGAGAACAACAUCCUCGACCCUUCGGAAUUUUCCUCAAAGAAUGUGAGUCACUUUGGGGAGAAGCUUUGAAAACUGCAGUUCAUAUUUUCAACCGAGUACUGAGCAAAACAGUUUCUAAAACCCCUUAUGAGUGUUGGGUGGCCAAGAAGCCUAACCUUAGACAUUUUCAAAUUUGGGGUUGUCCGGAAGAAGUGCGACCUUAUAGGGCGCACGAAGCACGAACGGUUAGCUAUUGUUUUGUCGGUUACCCGGAACACUCACGGGCUUACAAAUUUUACAAUCCCACAUCAAGAACAUUCUUUGAGAUGAGAAAUGCUAUAUUUCUUGAGAAAAUUGAGUUUGAGAGGGAAGAAGUUAUUAGGAACAUUGCAUUUGAGGAAGACUUUGUGGUAGACAAUGAUUUGGUCAUUGCCUAUCAUUGUUCAGGAUUCAACCCCAGUGAGCAUGAGGAUGGUAUUUGUUUGACCGAGCUUGAUCCUACCACAAUUGGACAAGCCAUGCUUAGCUAUAAUUCUCAAAGAUGGAUUAAUGCCAUGAAAGAUGAGAUGAAAUCUAUGAGUGACAAUGACGUUUGGGCUCGUCUAGUUGCUAAAGGCUUCACUCAAAUGGUAGGCAUUGACUACAUAGAGACUUUUUCUCUUAUUUCUUCGAAAAACUUUUUCCGAACUAUUAUGGCACUGGUAGCUCAUUUUGACUUAGAGUUACAUCAAAUGGAUGUAAAGACUGCUUUUCUUAAUGGAGAUAUUAAGAAAACAAUUUAUAUGGUACAACCUGAAAACUUUGUGUCUGGAGAUGCAAAGUCUAAGAUGGAAGCCAUAAUGGAUGCUCAGGGGACAGUGAAGGAAAUCUGGGAGGCAUUGAUGACAAGAUAUCUUGAAGCCGAUCGGGUGCAAGGGCAAGACUACAUAUGCUGA